AUGCAGCGCAACGGUGGAGGACUAGGAGGUGGUGGACAGCCAUGGGUGUUAAGGCGUGUCCGUCUUACCUGGCUCAGUUUCAUGCUUUUCUUUAUCCUGGUUUUCUUCCCGCUCAUUGCCCAUUACUACCUCACGACUAUCGAUGAAGCCGGAAGUCCUGAUAAACGGAUCUUUGGGCCCCGGCCUGGUGGCGAAUUGUGCGAGGCCAAACAUGUACAAGAUCUGUGUCGCAUACGUGAGUCGGUGAGCGAAGAGCUGCUGCAGCUGGAGGCCAAGAGACAGGAGCUCAACGGGGAGAUCGCCAGGCUCAACCUGCGCAUUGAGGCCUGUAAGCGGAGCAUAGACAGUGCCAAACAAGACCUGCUGCAGCUGAAGAAUGUCAUCAGUCAGACGGAGCAUUCCUAUAAAGAAUUAAUGGCCCAAAACCAGCCUAAGCUGUCCCUGCCUGUCAGGUUGCUUCCUGACAAGGAAGACCCAGGGCUCCCACCACCUAAAUCUGCCCGUUCCUGCCGUCUGCAUACCUGCUUUGACUAUGCCCGCUGCCCCCUUACGUCUGGAUUUCCAGUUUAUGUUUAUGACACAGGCUCCUAUCCAUGGGGAGAAUAUAUUGACCCUCUGGUUAAGCAGGCUUUUUCUGUGUCAAUUAAGAACAAUAUUUAUAUAACAAAUAACCCCAGCAUUGCUUGUCUCUAUUUGGUAUUGGUGGGGGAACUACAGGAGUCUCCCGCCUCCCAGCCACCAAAUCCCUUGGAGUUAGAGAAGCAACUUAAAGCUCUUCCUCACUGGAGAUUAGAUGGGCACAAUCAUGUACUGGUACAUCUCACCAGAAAGUCUAUGACACAGAAUUUCCUGUACAAUGUAAGCACAGGGCGAGCAGCAAUCGUUCAAUCUACCUACCUGGAACAGCAGUAUCGCGAAGGAUUUGACUUAGUUGCUUCCCCACUGAUUCAUGCUCUCUCUGAACCCAACUUUUUGGAAGUUCCUCAUCAGGUACCUGUGAAAAGGAAAUACCUCUUCACCUUCCAGGGGGAUAGAGUUGAAUCACUAAGGAGCAGCUUGCGCGAGACUCCUCCCCAGUCAUUUGAGGAAGAGCUGGAUGGCGAUCCACCAGCUGACUAUGAUGAUCGCAUCAUUGGCACGUUAAAAGCAGUACAGGAUAGUCAGUUGGAUCAGGUGCUCAUAGAAUUCACUUGUAAAAACCCAAAACCAAGUUUGCCAACUGAGUGGUCCCUUUGUGGAGAGCGAGAGGACCGACUGGAGGUACUUAAAGCAUCUACUUUUGCCUUGGUGAUUGCUCCGGGAGAUGGGCAGCUGGUUGCCUCAGCAGGCUGUGGAAUGAGACUUUUUGAGGCUCUUGAGGUUGGGGCAAUUCCUGUCGUGCUUGGUGACCACUCCAAACUACCUUACCACCAGUUUAUUAGAUGGAGUGAAGCUGCAAUUCUGGUCCCCAAACCACGUGUGACAGAACUCCAUUUCUUGCUACGUAGUCUCUCAGACAAUGACAUGUUAGCUAUGAGACGACAGGGUCGCUUUCUGUGGGAAACCUAUUUUUCCACAUCUGAGAAUAUUCUUAACACUAUCCUUGCCAAUAUUCGUACUAGGAUCCAAAUCCCCGCUGCACCCAUCAAUGAAGAGCCUGCGCAAGAAAUCCCCCACAAAGCAGGUAAACUAGCCGGGACCGAUGCCAACUUAGCAGACAAUGGUGAUCUUGAUUUGGGUCCAGUAGAGACAGAGCCACCCUAUGCUUCUCCGCGCUUUCUCCGCAACUUCACGUACACAGCUGUGGACAUUUACCAAACAUGGAACCGUGCUCCCGGCCCUUUUCAUUUGUUUCCUCACACUCCAUUGGACCCUGUUUUGCCAUCCGAAGCAAAAUUUCUUGGUUCAGGUACAGGUUUCAGACCCAUCGGUGGAGGCACGGGGGGAUCUGGGAAGGAAUUCCAGGCAGCUCUGGGUGGGAACGUUCCCAGAGAACAAUUUACUGUGGUGAUGCUGACAUACGAGAGGGAGGAAGUGCUGAUGAACUCUUUGGAGAGAUUGAAUGGACUGCCAUACCUCAAUAAGGUAGUGGUUGUGUGGAAUUCACCAAAACCUCCUUCUGAUGAUCUGUUAUGGCCUGACAUCGGGCUACCCAUUGUGGUUGUCCGCACUGAGAAGAACAGCCUGAACAAUCGUUUUCUUCCUUGGGAUGUCGUGGAAACAGAGGCCAUCCUUUCAAUUGAUGAUGACGCCCACCUCCGCCACGAUGAGAUCAUGUUUGGAUUCAGAGUGUGGCGGGAAGCCAGAGAUCGUAUCGUUGGUUUCCCAGGGAGAUAUCACGCCUGGGAUGUCAACCACCAGUCCUGGCUUUACAACUCAAACUACUCGUGUGAGCUAUCCAUGGUCCUGACAGGAGCAGCAUUUUUCCACAAGUAUUACGCCUACUUGUACUCUUAUGUGAUGCCCCAAGCCAUCAGGGACAUGGUGGAUGAGUACAUCAACUGUGAGGACAUUGCUAUGAACUUCCUGGUCUCGCACAUUACCCGCAAACCUCCGAUCAAGGUAACAUCUCGUUGGACCUUCCGCUGUCCCGGCUGCCCACAGGCACUGUCGCACGAUGACUCACAUUUCCACGAACGCCACAAGUGCAUCAACUUCUUCGUCAAGGUUUACGGCUACAUGCCGCUGCUAUACACGCAGUUCCGCGUAGACUCUGUGCUUUUUAAGACGCGCCUGCCACAUGACAAGACCAAGUGCUUCAAGUUCAUCUAG